AUGGACAGAGGAAAGAGCGCAUUCAAGGAAAUGGGGACCAUUGAUGAUAUCGUUAUCUCUUCAAAUUUUAAGAGAAAGCUGGAUAAAAAAGAAAGGAAACUACGUGUGAAAGAUAACAGAGGUAUUGACCGUUUACUGAGAAAUGACCGUUUAUUUCACUCUCCACUGAAGCAUAACCAUUGCGAACCAGUUGAGAAUGGGUUAAAAAGCGAGGCCACGGAAUUAACAGUAGAAACUUCGUCCCAUUUUACACCUUAUGCGUUAUUCAUGCAAUAUAGAUCUAAUCAUCAAAAAUUUGCCGAUAAAAGUGGAAUAAAAGUGGAUAAGAAAAGAGAACUGAAGAAUUAA